CCUACUUCUCCCUCUUGUGGUCAUCGUCAUCGUUGUCGAUCCCCUCUCGUACUGUCCUUUCCGGUUCGCUCUUUUGGGUGACUGUGUCUUAUUUAGUUUUAGCUGUGAUUGAAUCUUUCUCCAUCUUCCACAAUGAAGAUCUACAAGGACCUUUUUACCGGUGAUGAGAUGUUCUCAGACACCUACAAAAUAAAAUUGGUCGAUGACGUAGUAUAUGAGGUGUAUGGCAAGCUCGUCACUCGCAAAGCUGGUAGCAUUGAAAUUGCUGGAUUCAAUCCGUCAGCGGAGGAAGCUGAGGAUGCUACCGACGAAGCUGUGGAAUCAGGAGUUGACGUGGUGCUGAAUCACCGUCUCCAAGAAACAUAUGCCUUUGGUGACAAGAAAUCCUACACUCAGUAUUUGAAGGAAUACAUGAAAAAAUUGGUUGGAGUCCUGGAAGAGAAAUCCCCUGACCAGGUCGAAAUCUUCAAGAAGAAUAUGAACAAGGUUAUGAAAGAUAUUCUCUCACGAUUCAAAGAGCUUCAAUUCUUCACUGGUGAAUCAAUGGAUAUUGAUGGAAUCGUUGGGAUGUUGGAAUACCGUGAGAUCGAUGGUGACUCAGUUCCAGUCUUGAUGUUUUUCAAACACGGCCUACAAGAAGAGAAGUUCUGAAAGAAUUCUUAGAUAUGAAACGAAUUGUGGAUAAAAUUUUAUAAGCCGGAGCCAAGACUGCCCACAACGUGAAAUCGCUGUGAAAUUUAGUUAAAACUUCCAAUUUCUCAACGAUGCAGUUUAUUUAUUUUUUAAAUACAAUUUACCCCUAGUUAAUUUUCAUUAUUGAUCAAAAGUGUACAUACUCUGAAAGUUAAUCCACUUCUCACAGCAAGCAUGUCUCGCUCAAAAGGUAUAUUAGCUACAGAUCCAUGUGUGACUCUUCCCGGUUGCCUAUUGCCUUGUAUUUUGGUUUAACUUUCUUCCGUGACCACCAGUCCAUAUUAUUCACCUGUAUUUAUUGCAAAAUGGAAGAUGGGGAAAGAAGACGGUGGCAAAGAUUUUCAAAUGGAAAUUAGUUACAGCUACUACACACACAUCAAUAUUAAUUAUUCUUGUUUAUGAGGCCGAUCCAAUAUAUCUCUGACAAAAUAAACUAUUGACGUUUU